AUGGCCAGCAACCCACAGAGAUCGCUCAGAGGGCCAAGCUACCCAUCUCGAGUCAGAGAACCUUUCCUGCGGAUGAUCCAUGCCCAGGAGUCCCUCCCGACUUCCCGGACAUGGACCGAGCGUGAGUUCUUCCUCCCCAAAGAAUCCUGGGAGUUGCCCGGCUUCAAGCGGCAAGCCUACCACAAGCUGGUCCACAAGCCGCCCCCCUGCACGGGGAUCAAGUCCCAGGUGCGUCACCGGCUCCUCCACCCCUGGAAGGACAGGAGCCAGCACACCUGGGGCUUCCACACCUGGCUGGAUGUGGGGCGUUUGCCUGCCACCUUCCCCUCACAGCCCAACCAGCCCUACACAAGCAACGUGUGGCGCUGGCUGACCCACUCUGAUGCCUACCGCCAUCCCUCAGCGGGGCUUCCCAUCCCCCCUCCCUCCUGGCUGGGACCCAACAGUUUCCUGAGCUUUAUCGGCUACACCCCCAUCUUCCUGGAUGCAAACCGGAAGCACAAGGUGAUCUUCAUGACAAUGAAGGAGUUACAGGAAGCCGAGAAACUCAGGCUGCGGAGUGAGGCAAGGGCGCCCCCACUCGAUGUCCAUGGCAACAUCUUGCCCCCUGCAAGCUUCAAAAAGUACAAGCACAUCUCUUCUGGUGGAAGAUUUGAACCACAGGGCCUGCAGCUCAUGCCCAACCCACUGCCUAAUCCUCUCACCUGGGGCUGGCCCUGCCCCAACUCUCUGCCUCAUUACCAGGAGAAGGUGCUGAAGCUGGCCUUGCUGCCCAGCGCACCCCUGAGCCAGGACCUCGUAAGGGAUUACCAAAUCCUGCUAAAGGACCGUAGGACCCUGCCCCUCUACCAUCUCUCCAAUGCGCAACUUGACAAGACUUCCACCAGGAAGAGGGAAAGAAGACCCGGUGACAUCUAG